AUGAAUAAUAGUAAUAAUAGUACUAAUACCAAUACUACUACUAAUACUAAUAGAGAUAAGGAUGCAAGAAGUAGUACUGGAACCGAAUAUAAACUAUCUAUAAAUAGUAAUUCUGGUUCUCGAAGGUCCUCUUUAGCAGGAACAGGAAAUGAUAUAUAUUUAAAUAAUGGAGAAACCAACAAUAACAACUAUAAAAAUAAUACAUUUAGCAACGGUCGUCUAAGCAUAGGAGGGAGUGAUCAAGACAGUAAUACAUUUAAUAUUCUCCAUAGGUAUUUAGGUCCACAGAUAAGUGAUUUACACGAUUCUGUAAUCACACUGGAGAGUAAUUUGGAUCGAUUGAAUAAUAUACACAACAAUUUAGUUGAUUUGAACGAAUCAUUUGGAUCUCUAGUAUAUGGACUGAUUUGUUCAUCUUCAUGUUUACAGUUUCCUGGAUUAUCUAAUAAUAUAAAGGAACAAAUGAGGGUAUUUGAAAGAUUAAAUCAGUUGGAAACAGAAAAAGACAAUCUUUUGAAACAGAUAAAGGAAACUAAAUCAUCAAUGAUAGAAAAUAGUAAUUUAACGAAUAAUCAUAAUAAUGGUAAGAAUAGUAAUAAUAAUAAUUUUAAGUUAAAUCAAAAUUUUAGUAAACCUUUGUUUACAGUAGGUGAGAGUAGGAAAAUGAAAGCAACAAUGAACAAAAACAUAUCAAGUUUACCCAAGAAUAGAAAUAGAAACCAUAGUAGCAAUAAUGGGAGUGCUAAUGAUGAUUAUAAUAUACAUAAAGAGGACGAUUAUGAUGACGGAGAUGAUACCAGUAGUGAAGCAUCGUUUGUAGUAAAUCCAUCAAACUCCCAACAAGAAUACUUAAGGAAUGGAAAUAUGGAUGAUGUGGAUCGCAGAUAUAGAAGAAAAUCUAUAUUAAAUGUAAUUAGAAACAGCGUAGGAUAUAGUAAUGCACCAGAAUCCAAUCUUUUGAAUGGGAAAACAAGCAUCAGCAAUGAACGUGGUGCUAACACUAUAUCUAACAGAUAUUCUUUAGGUGGCCGUGCAAGAAGAGUUACACAUGGGUCUACAUUACUAUCUGCUUCAAAUCCCAUUACAAAUCAACAAAGAACUAAGACCACAGUGGCCAAUACUGUAACAAGAAGGAAAACAGUAACAAGACGUCCAAAAUCCAUAAAUGAAAGACCACCUUUCAGAUAA